AUGGCCGUAGUUUCCGGGUAUUUGGAACGAAGGCGUCAGAUAAAGCAGGGCGGGGCGCCGUCUCAGCCGCCGCAAAAUUCGGCGCAAAAUACUCCGCGAAACGCUCGAGGAAAGCAGCAGCACCGGCAGCAGCAGCAGCAGCAGCAACAACAACAAGCGCAUGAUUAUAGUCACACCAAAUACAGUCACGAGAACCCUAACAUCGAGGUCUACGUGAAGCCCAAGUUCGACGAAGCUUCCGGAUCUGUCUCCGCGCCCUCGCGCAGGACCGGCGCAGGGGGGGGGUUGGGGGAAGGGGGAAGCGCAGGGGGAGCGGAGGCUCCGGAAGGUGCGGCAGCGAGCGGUGCUGCUGGCGGAAAGGUUGGCGGAAGGACUGGCGGAGGGGUUGGCGGAGGGGCGGGAGGAAGCGCGGGCGGGGGGAAAUCCGCGGGCGCAAAGAAGCGGAGGGGCGGGAUGGCGGUGGGCCUGGCGGACUUGGAGCAAGGGCGGGUGUUUAAGCAAGGCGCGCCGUGCGAGUGCCAGGCGGCCAUCCAUCACUUAGUUAACAAUUGCUUAGCGUGUGGCAAGAUCGUGUGCGAGCAAGAGGGCGAAGGGCCGUGUAAGUUCUGCGGCGUUUUGGUGCUUAGAGGGUCUGAUAGUAUGGGGGAUGCGGCGCCAGGGGUGGGGAUUGAGGGGGAAUGGGAGGAAUGGGAGGAGGUGGGAGGAGGAGUGGGAGGAGCAGCAGCAGGGACAACGGAAGCUGAGGCGAAGGCUCUAGCGUUUAGGGAUAGACUGGUGGAGUAUAAUCGCACGUCGGCCCAACGGACGGUGGUGAUCGACGAUCAGAGUGAUUAUUUCAAAUCCAACGGUGCAGAUGGGGACGGGGAUGCUUGGCUGACGAAUGAGGAGAAGGAGAUUCUGAGGAGGAGAGAGGAGGAGAGGGAGAGGGAGGAGGAGGAGAGGAGGAGGAGGGUGGUUGUUACGCUCGAUCUGAUUGGUCGACGGGUUCUCGUGGCGGAUACCCCUGGGGCUGACGUGGCAGGUGGUGGAGCUGACGCAGCAGGGUCUGCGGGAGCCAAAUCAGGGCAGGAAGGUUCUGAGAAGCAGAGAAAGGGUGCAAGUGAGGGGGCGAACGGGAAACCAGGGGGAGGUAGAACUGGUGUAGGCAGUAUCUUCCUAAUGGGAGGUAGUAAAGGAGGCCAAGGAGACAAGGAGCAAGGAGAGAGGGAGAAGAUUCCUACAGUGAAGCAGGAAGUGGUUUCAGGGAUAAAAGGCAAGAAGGGAGGCAAGGGGAAGAAGGGGCAGCAGGAGCAGCAGCAUUUGAAAGAACAGGAGAGUGACAGAAGAAGAGGUGCUUAUAAGGAGGGCAUGGCGAGGCUUCAGCAUGACUCGCCACUGAUGGAAGCAAUGAGAGAAAUAGAGGAGGAGGUGGGGGGGAGGAGUGGGGGGGGCAGGAACAGAAGAAUUGAGAAGGAGGGGGGUUCGAGAGGAGGUGGGAUGGGAAAUCAAGGAGCGAUUGGAAGAGGGGCGGCAGGAGGGGGAUUGGAUCCUCGGGAGAAUCGAGAUAGGGACGGCCCGUGUGGCGUCCCUGCUGACCUGGCAGGGCUUGCUGACCUGGCAGAUGACGAAGCUGACGUGGAUGGGAGGUUUGACAUAUGUGUGCAGAUGGACCAGCAGGGAGGGUUGCUGAGAGGAGUGGGGGGGGUGAGGGGAGGGAAGGGGGUGGAAGCUGGGAUAGAUGGGGGGAGAGGGGGAGUGUUGCAGGAUGGGGUGGUGUUGCUUAAGGGAUGGCUUACAAGGGAGCAGCAGGUAAUUUAG